GAGUGAUUCAAUGAAUACAGAGAUUAGCAGUGAAUCCAGUGGUGACUCCGAGUGUGUGGACACAAUCGAUGAAGUGAUGGCCACCGAAGACAACGACAGCCAAACGUGGGCUCAAGUGAUAGAAGACUUGGAUUUCAAUCAAAUGAUGAAUAAAUUGAUUGAAAUUAAGAUUUUCUGCCAAACAAUAGACAAAAUGCAAUGUAUUUUGAAUACAAAUUAUAGUGUUUUGAAUGAAACGAUUGAAUCACUAAAUCAUUUGGAUUUCAAUCAAACAAUUGAUUGCAAAACAUUCAAAAUCAGUGAUCAUUUGAUUACUUAUUAUAAAACAAAUGAUAAGUAUUUUCACUGUCUUUGCACUGAUUGUGAAUAUAAGAGUAAAAACAAAAACAAUUUACUUUCACAUCAAUUAAUUCAUUCAAAUAUAAAACAAUUUAAAUGUGAUUUCAAUGAUUGUAACGAAAGUUUUAAAACAACAUCUAAUUUAUUUCGACACAAAAAAUGCGUUCAUUUGAAAGAAAAGCGAUUCAAAUGUAAUGAAGAAAAUUGUGGCAAAAGUUUUACUCUGAAAUCAAAUCUCAUUCAACACCAAUGCAUACAUUCGGUAGAAAAACCAUUUGUAUGUGAUUUUAACGGUUGUAAUGAACGUUAUAAUCGGAAAACACAAUUACUUCACCACAAGAAUAGUAUGCAUUUAAAUCAGAGAUUUAUUUGUGAUGUCAACGAUUGUCACAAAAAGUUUACAACAAAACAAACUUUAAUUCUACACAAAAGAUGUUUUCAUUUAAAGGAAAAGCUAUUCAAAUGUAAUGAAGAAAAUUGUGGCAAAAGUUUUGGUCAAAAAAAGUUCUUAAUGCAACACAAACGCAGACAUUCGGGAGAAAAACCUUUUUUUAUUUCGACACAAAAAUGGUUGUCAUUCGGAGAA